CGCCCGCCCGCCGCCGCUGGAUUGUGCCGAAGAGGAGGGGGCGUUCCCCACACCAUGGCAUCCACCGAAGGGUAGUCCACACAUCAUUGUUCAGCAAUCAGCAAGACCAAACCAGUUUGUCCAGAAGGGGGCACUGUGGAGCCUCACUGCGGCAGCGGCGGGCCAUGGUGAUUUUCCUGCUGUUUGGAAGCAAGAGCCAGAAGGUGAACUGCCUUUCCCAGGCCAGCAGCAGCUGUUGCCUUGGUUUUUAAGAAGGGAAGCCAUACCACGUCGAUUAUUUACAUUCCAAGUGACCUGGAGUUGUUAAAUCAACCAGCAGAGCUCUCUAAAGCCCAAGACUACAUCCGGGACAACUGGGCAGCAGUGGAGUUGACAGCGGUCGCCAUUUACCAGUGUGGUCUGGGCUCCUUGUCGUCCUCCUCCUGGCUUCUCCUUGAGAGUCAUCAGCGGGGUUCAAACAAGAUUUGCUGGUUCCUGAGCUCGGUGCCAACAACAUGCCCAAGCAGGUCGAAGUGCGGAUGCCCCACAGCCACCUCAGCUCGGAGGAGCCGCCCAAGCACCGGAACCUGGGGCUGCGGCUGUGCAGCAAGCUGGGGAAGAACCUGCUGCUCACUCUGACGGUGUUGGGUGUCAUCCUGGGGGCAGUAUGUGGAGGGCUUCUCCGCUUGGCAUCUCCUAUCCACCCUGAUGUGGUUAUGUUAAUAGCCUUCCCAGGGGAUAUACUCAUGAGGAUGCUAAAAAUGCUCAUUCUCCCUCUAAUCAUCUCCAGUUUAAUCACAGGGUUGUCAGGCCUGGAUGCUAAAGCCAGUGGGCGCCUGGGUACAAGAGCCAUGGUGUAUUACAUGUCCACCACCAUCAUCGCUGCGGUCCUGGGCGUCAUCUUGGUCUUGGCUAUCCACCCAGGGAACCCCAAACUUAAGAAGCAGCUGGGGCCUGGGAAGAAGAAUGACGAAGUGUCCAGCCUGGAUGCCUUUCUGGACCUUAUUCGAAAUCUCUUCCCGGAAAAUCUUGUCCAAGCCUGUUUUCAACAGAUUCAAACGGUGACGAAGAAAGUCCUGGAGGCACCUGAGUCAGAAGAGGAGAGCAAUGUCACCACCUCUGUCGUCUCCCUGCUGACCCAGACUGCGACAGAGGCACCAGAGGAAAUGAAGGUGGUUAUCAAGAAGGGUCUGGAGUUCAAGGACGGCAUGAAUGUCUUAGGUCUGAUAGGGUUUUUCAUUGCUUUCGGCAUCGCCAUGGGGAAGAUGGGCGAGCAGGCCAAGCUGAUGGUGGAAUUCUUCAGCAUCUUGAAUGAGAUUGUAAUGAAGUUAGUGAUCAUGAUCAUGUGGUACUCCCCGCUGGGUAUUGCCUGCUUAAUCUGUGGGAAGAUCAUUGCCAUCAAGGACUUAGAAGUGGUUGCUCGGCAACUGGGGAUGUACAUGGUCACGGUGAUUGUGGGCCUUAUCAUCCAUGGGGGCAUCUUUCUCCCCUUGAUUUACUUUCUAGUGACCAGGAAAAACCCUUUCACCUUUUUUGCUGGCAUUUUCCAAGCUUGGAUCACUGCCCUGGGCACCGCUUCCAGCGCCGGAACUUUGCCUGUCACCUUCCGUUGCCUGGAAGAAAACCUGGGGAUUGACAAGCGUGUGACCAGAUUCGUCCUCCCGGUCGGAGCAACCAUUAACAUGGACGGUACAGCCCUGUAUGAAGCAGUGGCUGCCAUCUUUAUUGCCCAAAUGAAUGGUGUUGUCCUGGAUGGAGGCCAGAUUGUGACCGUGAGCCUCACGGCCACACUGGCAAGUGUCGGCGCAGCCAGUAUCCCCAGCGCUGGGCUGGUCACCAUGCUCCUCAUUCUGACAGCCGUGGGCCUGCCAACGGAAGACAUCAGCCUGCUGGUGGCUGUGGACUGGCUGCUGGACAGGAUGAGAACGUCAGUCAAUGUUGUGGGUGACUCUUUUGGGGCUGGGAUUGUCUAUCACCUCUCCAAGUCUGAGCUGGAUACCAUUGACUCCCAGCACCGAGCGCACGAAGACAUUGAAAUGACCAAGACUCAGUCCAUUUAUGACGACAUGAAGAACCAUAGGGAAAGCAACUCUAAUCAAUGUGUCUAUGCCGCACACAACUCUGUCAUAGUAGAUGAGUGCAAGGUAACUCUGGCAGCCAACGGGAAGUCAGCAGACGGCAGUGUUGAGGAAGAACCUUGGAAACGUGAAAAAUAAGGAUGUGACUCUCAGCAAAUUCUUGAAUAAACUCCCCAGUGUAUCUCAUGGUAAAAGAGGAUAUAAACAAGCUUUCUUUAAAAAGGAAAAAAACAAACAAAACAAAACACCUAUAUUUCUAUGUUUACUUAAUCUGUUAGCCGAGGCUUAGAGGACCUGUUGUGAGUCAGUGAUAGGCAUGGUGCUGUGUCUUUGCCAAAUAAUGCUUCGUAACCGUCUGAUGUUCUCAUGUGUGUUACUGUCGGAAUGGAUGCUGCUGGAGGAACCGUUUGAAUUGAAGACACAUUCUUGCCAGCUUCCCUUUUCUCUCAAGAUGCAGGCCCAUGGAUGCUCUUUUCCCAGGGGACGCGACUCAAGCUGUGUGGUACACUCCAGGGACUUGGGGUAAUGAGCAGAUACACAGUGUGUUGUUUCUCCAAGUAUUCUCCAUGCUUCGCCUUGUUACGCACAAGAGAUUCUGUUAGGAGCCUCUAGAAGUAAUUCUUUUUCCGUGUCUUGUAGGGUUUGCCCACGUGUUGAUAAAAGCAAGUACCUGUCUUAGGGAACUGUGACAAUUUGUCUUCUGUCUGCUCUUUGAGCUCAGUGUUUCAGAGAGCAUUGCAGUGGGAACGGACCUGUUGAAGGCGGCUGGUUGUGGAGGCCACUGAGCCUCCGCUCUGUCCCACCUAGUCUGUGGACACGCAUUAUUGACCUCUCAGAGUUUGCUGCGUAAUUUGCUCUCAAUUUGAUAAUGGGUUAGAAUGUAAUUUGCAUAGAACCACUGUAUAUAUUGACAAAAGUAAGAGAGCACAGUCAACAUACAUGUUAAUCAGAUUCAAGUAUUCAAAUUCGUUGGCCUUUGGUUUGUAUUCAUCUUGUCCGUGUGAGAUCAUAUUAAUCUCUGCUUCACUUUCUUUGUUUUACCCAUAAAAUUCUUGUUUGGGUUUCUAACAAAAAGACAUUUUUUGAUCUCCAAAUCAUUUCAAUCCUAUGCUCAGUAAACCAAAAGGCCUAAUCAUGGUGUUGUUCUUACACGUGGAGGACAGUUGUGUUGCCUGUGCCUCUUUUACUACUGUCUCUUGAUAAAAACAAAAGACUGUCAUUUAUCUAAUAUGUAGAAAGCUUUUGUUAUAUUAUAUCAAAGCACAUAAAUCCAAUUACAGGACACGUUGGAAGCAAAGCCAACCUUCCUCCCCAGUCUUCUCUGUCAAAAAGAACAGAAAACAACGUAUGUGCAAAAUCCUUAAAAGGUGCCAUUCCCAUGGCAAAGUCAAGGCAGGCUUGAACCAUGAAAUGGGCACCACACAGAUGGGACCUUUCCAAGGCUGUGAAAGUUUGCGGGAAUAAGUAAUAUAAUAGGAGCAGCACAGUGCCUUGCAUGCUGUUGACACCCAACGAAUCCUGAAUGAUUGUGUAGGUUAACUUUUUCAGUGUCUCUACUAUCAUUUUCUAGUGAAUAACACACAGUAUUUUUCUAAAGUUUCUGGCUUUGGGAGUUUGCUGAGGACUUGAGCAUGAAUCACUGAGAAAUAAAGCACAUUGGAAGGAGUGUGUAGAACUUUGGUUAGUGUGUAGAACUUUGGUAGUCUUCUGAGGCCAGCAGAUGGAUGGUGAGAUGUUGAUGAAUCAUGAUAGAGUCUAAAUUCUCUAAAGAAAGGAUAUUUAUGGCCACAACAUACCCUUUACUACCUAGUCCUUGUGACUUUUCUCUUCCAAAUCAGACACCUUUGGAACAUACAGAUGUUUCCUCUUUUUUUUUUUUUGGUCUCCUAACCCCUAGUUAUUUUUGGAUAAGGAUCAUUAUUGAGCAGUAUUAAGCCGGUUUAGCUUUUAAAGAAUGGCAUUGGUCUUUGUUUUCAUUAACUGGACAGUGAGCAGGGUGGCCCAGGAUGUGCUGAACUGUAGCGGUGGGAAACGUAUCCCUUGCAGCAGACACUGUGGGUCAGGGGAGCAGUUCCUGGGUGCAGCUGUGAAACUGUUAAGGCUUGUCUAUAAGUGGGACUUAUGGAGAGGAGAAGGAUAUGGGCAAGGCACCUAGGAGCUUGUGGUUUUGCUAUUUAGGGCCAGCUUAGCACACGUGUACAGGCUGACAUGUUUUUUGAUAGAGCAGUCUCAGGAUUAUCUUCCCAAGACUCUGCCUAGAUGUCUUCUCUGUUUGCUUUGUCUUCAGAGUUUUCCUCAUUACCAGUGAGAUCAUAAAUGUCUAAGUGCACAGUUUAACAAAGCAGGUUUUUCUGGUUUGAGAUUCUAUACAAUAGAAUAGUUCCAUGAAAAUACACAUAGGAGAGCAUAUUUAUCUAGAUUCAACAAAUUAUAUUAAAAAUUAAUACUUUUUCAAAUUCAAGACAAGCCUGAAAAUCCAGGAUGUAUAUAGAGCUGACAUAUGACUGUGUCCUUUGAUUUUUUUUUUUUAGGCCUCAUUCAUUCUUCUCAUGCUGUGCCCAUUGGGGGUUUCCUUGCCCAGUAUAUGUGCCAUAAACAGAACAAAUAGAUCCAGAGUAUACCUCUAACAACCUUUUCUAGUUAGGAUAUGUGUGAUUUACCACUGAUAUACAUAGAAUUAUAGUAAUAGCUCCAACACAGAUAUAAAGGCUUAUAACCCACUAAUAUUUGAUGAUGCAUAAAUGUUAUAUUUAUAUGAUAGACCAGAUACAUACACCACAUCCUAUAAGGUCUGUUUUGUAUUUUGUUGGUGUUUGCUGUUGUUUUUGUUAGACUCAUUCACUCUUUUUAGGAAACAGAAUUUUUUCAGGAGAAAACCAACUGAGCAGACUUCAGUCCUUCCCUAUCGCAUUUUUGCCCAUUGGCAGACCCAAGGGGAAUCAUCAUUAGAUCAACUACUUACAAUUCUGUGAAUGCAAUCCAAUCAGUGAGAAAAAUGGCUUAUCUCUCCAGGCGGGGCUUUAUCUGAGGUCUUUGAGGAUGUGAGUCCCAUGCAGAGGGCAUCAGAUAAUCAGGGCAAUCACCUUGGUCACACAGGUCCUCAAUACAGGACUUCAGGGAGGAUAUCUGAACCAGGUAGCUAUCAGAUUCAAUUCCUUACUUGCUAUUGGGUGUGGGAACAUAGCCUAUAGUCUCAUUUCCUGUGGAAGUCACCAUGUCUCCUAAAAGACAAAUAUUUACUUCUGUUCUCCAACUACUCGUUAGCAAGGAUGUUUAUGAAAACCUAAAGCAAGGAUGCCAAGAUGCCCAGCUCCUGGGUUUAGGCUGGAAGUUGAGAAAGGCUUAGGGGAAAUUCAGUUCUCGGGGAGAUAUAGUCCUGGUAGAUAAUGCCAGGAACCCCACCACUGAGUGAUUAGAGGGUGUCAGGUCCUUUCCACUUGUGCAUAGGGAAGUAUGUCAUUUUCAUGUGUGUUGAGAGUCAAGAAGCCCUCCCGGAGUUGGGUAACUCAUCUACUGGGUCCCCAAAAGGAAACCCAAUCCUGCUAUGCUUUUGCAAACACCACACUUCCUUAUGUUCUCAACAGCAAAAGUUAUGGUACGAUAUUUCACUUUUGUCAGAGUCAAGGCUCUGUGUGCACUCCCUUUCCCAUGAAUGCAACAGUCCACCCAAAUAGGAACGCACACGCUCAGAGAGACUUCCCCGUGGUUCAGACUCUUGCUGGACAAGUCUCGGCAGCUCUUGCCUGGUUCCAUGGCUAAAAGUGCUCAGCAGUUACACCCAGUGGAGGCAGUAGCUCUUCCCACUUCACUGCUCUCAAACUCUUGGGGCCAUGCGCUUGUCUGGGUUGCUGGUUUUGUUUUGCUUAUUCUCCAACUGAACUCAUUCCAAGCCAAUAAAAAGGACCAAAUGGGAAUUUUCAGUUAUUGCAAUAACUUGUUCCUUGAAUAAGAAGAGUAAGAUUAAGUUUAAGCUAAGAGCCUGGAGUAAUUCUGAAGUGAGGAUUUUGCAAUUCUAGUUGUCAGAGAUUAGUGGUCUCUGUGUCUGUGGUAAUUUCUGGCUAAAACCUAGAAGGAAGGCUACCGAGGUCCAAGCCAGGCAGGUGACGUUAUCGGCAGGUUGUUCUCCUUGAAUAGAGUGAAUUCAAAGCUGCCUAUGAUUUUCCCCAAAGAAAAGCCCAAUUCCUCACUCUUUCUCCUCCUUUCUUCUUAUUCCAUGUAUCAUUGUUGCUGCGUAAGGAACGACCAAGGGUUGGUUUUAGAAUAAGACGACAGGGAAUCUUAAUAGAAUAGUAUCUGAUUUUACAGCAUAACACAGCUAAUUCAGGUAAUGACAGAGAUGGUGAGAAAUAACACAGUCGGGUAGAGGAAACAUGUGACUUAGACUGCCAGUUGUCAGCUGUAUAACUUAAACAAGUCACUUUAUGCCCAAGCCUCAUUCCUUCCCAUAUGUAAAGGGAAGGGGUUGGAUUAAAUGAUUAAAAGCCCCUCCCAGCCCUAAGAAUCCAUGAUCUUAUGUUUCUCUCCUAAGAGGUUUACUACUCUAAAAUAUGACUUUCUAUUUUAAGUCAGAGGGACCCACAAUAAUUACUAAUCGGUUUGCAUUUUCCUCGUCCCCUUUGGGGGAAAUCAAACUCAAGCCUCUCUCUUUAUUUGGUGGAUUACAAGCUUGGAAGAUGGCCAUGGUAAUCGACCAUGUGGUGUUUUGAGACACAAACACACACACUUCUGUAAAACUGCUCUUUGCUUACACUCACUGUCCCAGUCGAAGUAGCGAUUCAGCUCAGGAAAAAUGCUGCCAGAUUCACCGUGAGGGGACCGGACGCGUCUACAGCCUCACUCAAGCUCUUGCAUCAUUCCUGCUGUAGCCACAGAGCCCACUCCUAACACCCAAAACACAGUUCUCUUCAGACAGUCCUAAUCGCAUGCAGGAGCCUUUGGCAAAUCAACCUGAACAGUCUCAUGAAAUUCAGUGCAAGCCUUGCACAAUAACAGCCCCUGUCUGUAAAUACUUUCCCUCUCCUCCUGUAGGCGGACAUGCACACCCACGCACAGGUGAGCCCGGGCAAGUCCUUUCUCUGGAGAGAUAUGCAGGGCUAUUUGAGGGAGUUCAUUUUCCAGUUCUCCUCUUGGUUUGCAUCACAUCACAGGUAGAGAAGCUCUGUCCGACAAGAAUGGAGUUGAGCUGGCUCUCACCCCUCUUCAAUGCCGGGGGAGUUUCUGGGAUUGAUAGACAGCAUGGUCUGUCUGCAAGGUGCAUGCCAACACGGCCUUUGAACAACCUUGUUGCACUUUUUGCUUCUGCCGCAAUGGGCUACUGCUUGCAUCCUUGCUCUUUGUCCAAACUUUUGCCAACUAUGGAAUGGGUUUAGUAUUUAUUGUGUGGUGAGCACCUUGACCACCAGAGAAGACUUCCGCUCUUUAGAUUUGGGGGAACCAGAUGUAAAACUAGGACGAAAAGGAUUGAGUUUCCUUUUUAAUUUUUAGUGCAGAAGACCUGAUGCAAGAGCAGCAAGAAAGACUAUUUCUUAAUUGACCCAAAUACGAAUCUAUGGAAAAGUAAGAGAAGCCCCACGUUCUUAUUUCAGUCAUUCUAAAUAAUAUUCUGAAUAAUGACCUAUCAUUUUUUUACUAUGUCCAGCCUUGCUCCACCUUCCUACCUCCAGACCAAGUAUCCAUUUAGAUAUUUUUAAAAGUCCUUCUGAUUGUUCUAUGGGGUCCUUCUGUGCUGAGAAUAAAACCUGCUGUGGGAACAGACCCCACUGCUUUGCAGAGUCGGCACUGGGCCCAGAGCAUGGGUAGCAACAAGUCCCCACCGCCUCUGGAGACACCCCAGUUCCUGGGUGAGUGUUGGAACAUAACAGCUCACUGCUGCCCUUGUCAUCAUCCCCCAUGGAGACGGGGAUGUGCAGUCAGAGCCUCGCUCCCUCUGGGGCUCCAUUUCUUCUCAUGGCAACCACUUCGCCUGCCUCGAAACAGCCUGUUGCCUUUGGUAGGAGAGAAAUGCGCACACUAGCCAAGGAAGUCGGUCUAGUGAGUCUCAGGUUUCUCCCCGGGGAGGGAGUUCCCUGAGAUGUGUGAUCAGAAAGCUGGCCCUCUGGUUGCUUGGUGCUCCGGGAGCAUUCUAUCCCUUGCCAGGAGCUCACCCUUCAGCAUCCAGAUCCUCCCACACACCCUUCCUCCUUCCCCUGGUGAACCUCAGCAUUGUAUCUCCAUGUUGCACAGCACAGACCAGGUGAUCUGGUCACUAUAGAGAUUUGUAUAUAUUAAAAAAAACUACUUUUGUGAGGAUUUUUGUAUAUUGUUUUUCUAUUUGUUUUCUACAGCUUGAGGAGAGAGCUGGCAAACUGUGAAUCUAAUUUGACCUUGCUGCCAGCAGAUAUAUUUUGGCUUCCUGAUAAGAAUCUAUGUUACCAGGGCCAACAUAUUGCCCUCUGAUCAGUAUUGCAUCCCAAACUCUCAGAUUCCUCCAGCCCAACCUUACAUUCUUUUUUAAAACAAAUCCCCGGGCUUCUUUGCUAUUAUUUAUAAAGAGCACGAGAACAUGUAUUUAUAGUCCUGAGUGCUAUAUGUUUAAUAUUGAGUUAGCCUUUAAUAAUGUUCUAGGUUUGUAGCUAUUCUUCAUACAUCAUAAAGAACUCAGUGCAGACUGAAUUCCUCUAUUUAGUAUCUGUAAUUUUGCAGACAGAUAUUUUCUUAUGGUAUUUUCUAUAUAACCACAUAUGUAGAAUUAUAGCCAAUUAUAACCAACUGCACAAGAAGUUUCUACAGCAAUUUAGAGCUAUCAGUUGUUUCCUGAGCGUACAGCCACAUUUUAAAAAUGUAAGGACCCAGUCCUUUGCGAUGCAAUGAACGAAAGAACCAUAAAGAACAAGCAAUCCCCUACAUCCUGACUUAGCUGGUUAGGCUCUGCAUCUUAACAAUUCAUCUUUGUAACUCAAGAGAUGGUGCUGGCUUCUUAUUUUUGAUACCAGGCCUUGUUUUGCCAGCUAAGCAUUCUAAUUGUACUUUUCUCCAAGAAGAUGAAAAAUAAGGUGAUAAUAGUGGGAUCAUGUCUAUAUCAGACUCUCCCAUGCCUUCCUACUGACUUGUGUAAAAACUGGCUUGGGAAAAUUUGCAUAGCAGAGAUUGAGGGUUAGUGUGAGGAAGCACAUCAGGACAAAUUUGUCACAGUUCAUUCUUGCCAAGCAAAUUGGUAAUAAAUGUCAACGUGUUGUGUGUCCUCGGGUGACUAACAGUCCAUGGAAUUUCCCCAAGAGGCAAACCAAUAGCAACUUCAAAGGCAAAGAGGGUCUUCCUUCUGUCAAACACACUUUCUGAUAUGGUUGUAGGGCUAGUAUUUUUGCCACAUUUUCAGACAUAGUCAGUUACAUAGAAAGUGUACUGGGAUAUAUUUGAGCUUGCUCUUCAUUAAGCAAACAGAUUAGAAGUCCCCCUCAACUGGCAACGAUUGUACCUGUGAUAAUCAAGUACAGAUAGCUGUCAAAGCAUGAAGUUCUUGUGUGUACACAGCAACACUUGGUUCACGCAUGAAGAACAGUGCCUACGCACUUGUGUAGCUAUAAUGUAGGUAUCUAUGUGUAAUUUCAGUAAAUGGUGCGUAGAUAUUAAUUUAAUUUAAAUGUUAAUUUUGGCUGUUCAUCUAACUGUAGUAGACUUGUUGAUUGGUGUUUUGAAAACCCUUCUUUUCCUUCUUAGAAACCUAGUGAUGAAUGAUUUCUCCUUUUCCUUAAUGUGAUUUGGGGGUGUAUAUCCGUGAAGAACUUAUCUAUGAAUCCUUUGUACCGAUGAUUGUUUGCAAGUUUGUGUGCAUCCAGCAUCUUUGUCGAUAUGCAAUUCAGAGCAAGGGAGGGUUAGAUGUGGGCCAUGAUUCUUAGUGAAAGUUCAUCUGCCAUCUGUGUGAUGCAUGGCGAAAGCAACUGUGGAACUGCUGAUGGUCUACGCUUAGCUAGUUUAGAAUGAGGACAUUGAUCUACAGCCCUCCUCUGCUUGGUGGGUUGGGCUCAGAGAGACAACAAGUGAGUCUGCUCUGUGCAUGUCAGCAACAUGUCCUUAUGUAAAGGUCUGCCUCUCUGAUUGCCACAUGCUGAUCAUGAUGCUCAUGACUUCAAGGCUCUGAAGAGCCUCCUCUCCCUUGGUGUCUUGAGUCAGGACACAGGAAAGAUAUUUACUGACCAACUGCCAUGCAGGCCAAACCCCACAGAAGCACAGUCCUGGCAGUAAACGUCUGUAGAAAGACCGUUAGAAGCACAGGGGUGGUCAGUGUACAGCCUUGGGGUUGCAGAAAGGCAACUGAUAAAGCACAGAUCCCACAUAUGUGAAGGGAGUAUGACCUCUACCUAUAGGCUCUGUGUGCAUGUUUUGAGUGAUUGAAGAUGAGAUUCACUAAUGCAAUGAUACACGUGCUGCCUAAAACACGCAUUGUGUGUAAUUUAUCCCUCCAUGUAGUGCCGUGGGGUCUCUCGUUCCUGUAAGCCCUUUCUCCUCUGCGAGUUCAGAGAAGAAUGGCCACGUGCCGUUAGGAACACUGAGUGCUCCCCUCUUUCCACAAGAGGAGCGAAGCCUAAGAGAUCCCCUGAGAGCACAGAACACAUUAAUUUUCAGUGGAGUGAAAGGUCUAUAUAUGGUAGACAGCCAUAUUUUCCCUGGGAGAUGUGGCUUCUACAACUCCUGUCAAAUUCAAGGGAGAAACCUUAUUGAAAGAAAGCUAGCCUUCGGGCAGGAUUCUCUCUGAAGAUUCUUGUGUGUCCAGAAUGAAAGAUGAGAAUAAUUGUUUCCCUCACAUUCAUAAUCCCCAUUAUUAGUCUAAAGUCGUGUAGCAUAGAGCAUCUAUAGCACAUAGUGUUUAAAGACUAAUGAAUGAAAAAAAGGUAAAAACUUCAACUAAUUUUUUGGGUUGUUUCUUAUCUAUGGUACUAGGAGAUGCCUUGUUGGCAAAGCACAUUUUGGGUAGUUGCGGUCUUUUGUUUUCACCUUAGGCUUUCUAAGCUUUCUUACAAUGUGAACUGAUGACUGUAACAUUUCAUGUGUAAAAAUAACUGGAUAUUGUUUAUAUACUGGAAAUAAUCUGUGAAUCCAAGAUUUCACUAAGUGUUUUAACUUUUGUGUAUAUAUCUCUCAUCAAUAAAUGUGGAUUUCAAUUUCC